CCAUCCUCAACCUCUUUGAGAGAACGCAACAUUAGCUUGUCCUGAAAAGGUUUGAAGAAAUAAACCCUUUUGAACACUGAAGUUUAGGACACAAUGGUGCAGAAGAACCUUUAAAAUAAGAAUCCGGUGCUGUUCUCCUGAGUUCUUUAUAGCGGUUCUUUUGCCAUAGGAUGGAUUACAGUCUGAGCUGACUCUUCUGUUCUUUCGGACCAGCCAGAGGACAUACUGAUUACAAACAAACAGGGAAGUGCAGGUUAGCAUACUCAAGAACUUUAUCUAAACCGAAGUGGAAAUCUUGGAACUCCUGCAGUGUUUUUUACAAGCAAGGACACAUCACAGAUUGAAGAAUGGCUUUGUUGCCAGUUAAGUUUGAUCUGAAAAAGCGAGUAAAGUUGGCUCAGACAGUCUGGUUCAUGUACUGGUUUGCUGUGUUGGCCGGCGUGUUGGUCCUCAGCAUGGGUCUGUUCUUCAAGAUCGAGCUGCGAAAACGCUCUGAACUUAUGGACAACAAUGAAAGCCACUUUUUGCCCAAUCUGCUUAUUCUCAUGGGUCUAAUAGCCUGCAGCAUCAACGUCUUUGGAGGCAAAGUGUGCUAUGACUCACUGGACCCCGAUAAGUUUGCAAAGUGGAAGCCCAUGUUGAAGACCUACUUGGUAUUCUGUGUGGGAUUCAACGCCCUGCUGCUUGUCACGGCCGUGCUGUGUUUCUUGAUGAGAAUCCCUAUGCAGUUCACCCUGGCUGAAGGGUUGAGGAACGGCAUGAGGUACUACAAGGACACCGACACACCGGGACGCUGCUACAUGAAGAGGACCCUGGACUUGAUGCAGAUUGAGUUUCGUUGCUGUGGAAAUGACAACUACAGAGAUUGGUUUGAGAUUCAGUGGGUCAGCAACCGCUACCUGGACUUCAGCUCAAAGGAAGUCAAAGACCGCAUUGGCAGUAAUGUUGAUGGCCAGUAUCUGAUGGAUGGAGUGCCCUUCAGCUGCUGUAACCCCAGCUCCCCCAGACCCUGCAUUCAGGCACAGAUGACCAACAACACUGCCCACUACAGUUAUGACCACUACACAGAGGAUCUCAACGUGUGGAAGCGGGGAUGCCGCGAUGCCCUGCUGUCCUACUAUGGUGGCAUGAUGAACACCAUCGGAGCCCUGGUGAUACUGGUCACUAUGCUGGAGGCUAGUGUGACUGUGGGCAUGCAGUAUGUCCACAGCUCCCUGUGUAACCUUGCUAAUCCGGAGGAUCCAGAGAGCGAGAGCGAGGGCUGGCUCCUGGAGAAGACAGUGAAGGAGACGUUCACUGACAUCAUGGACAAAAUGAAGUCCAUGGGCAAAGGCGUCAAGGUGGAGGAGGGUGAGCCAGCGGUUGAAACAGUGAGCUGAGCUAGCGCCACCUGAACAAACUGACCCCACUCCCACCUGAGGAGAAAAUCAAAGACAUGUGAGAUUUUUCUACCAGCAUUUAUUUUGUAGGCCUACUCAUAUAUUUGGUUAUGAACUCAUUAGAAAUGGACGUGAAAAGAUCAUAUUGCAUAUUCAUACUUUGAUAAAUAGCAGCUGGAUGGGUUUUUAGUUUUGGUUUUCCCCAGUAAAACAACCACCAGCAUGGUUUUUGGUUUUUUUGUUUGUUUUUGCACCAGCAUGUUUUUAAUUAGUUU